GCUCGCGCAGGCGUACUUUGGGACCCCUCCGCCCCCCGCCGUUCCCACUCCCGACCCCGCCUCUCUCCGCCGGCCUCAGCGGGCGGGCACCUCCCACAGGGCCACCAUGGUGACCCUGGGCCUGUCCCGCGUCGACGAGGCCGUGGCCGCCAAACAUCCGGGACUCGGGGAAUAUGCUGCGUGCCAGUCAAACGCCUUCAUGAAGGGCGUGUUCACCUUUGUCACAGGGACCGGCGUGACCUUCUGCCUGCAGAUGUUCAUUCAGAGAAAGUUCCGGUACCCGGCGCAGUGGAGCGUGCUGAUGGCUGUGGUUGCAGGCUCUGUGGCAAGCUAUGGGGUGACAAGAGUGGAGUCGCAGAAAUGCAGCAACCUCUGGCUCUUCCUGGAGACUGGGCAACUUCCCGGAGACACGGGCACAGAUCCACGAAGCUAAGAGCGUCCCCCAGGGCACAAAGGAUCCAGAGCAAGGAGGCCCCUGGAACAAAGCCCUCCGCUGGUCCCCUGGCCUCACACAGGUUUCCCCACCUAGAGUGUUCUAUGUCCUCUGCACAUAUACCUGUCGAAGCUCUUCCCCCAAACCAGGACCUGCCCAGGAGGUCGGCUCAGAAGGGCUCUUGUGGGUGGGCAUUCUCCUGUGGGGCAGCAAGAAACAGGGUGAACACUGUGAGCCAGAAACGGUUGUGCCCUGUUGCAUACACAUUUAGAAACGGCAGCCUGCACAUGGGGGAAGGGACAUGUGCACUCUUGGGUACUUUGGUGUCCCCUUUCCAGCCCCUACACCCACAACAAGUUCAGGGAGACUACUGUUACUGGCCAUGUGAGGCUAAUAAAUGGCUGUCCUUUUUCCCA